GUCAGUUGCUUAUAAAACGUUAGAAAGUUUAAAACAAAAGUUUCUGGUUAACGGAAAGGAAAUAGGAGUGUUUUUAAUAACGGAUUUGUUAAAGACUUAAAGGCGGUUUUUAAAUCGUUAAGUUUGAUAAGCAGGAACUUAAGGGAGUAAAAUUUUGAUAAAAUCUGAAAAUUUACCGAAAUGUUGACUGCAAGAUUAUUUGUCUUGGUUGCUCUAACAUCAACUGCAAUCGCCCAAGAAACCAAGGCCACAAAAUAUUUUCUGGAAAAAACCAACAUUCAAAUUAAACCAUUUUCCUUACAAAAUGCCCGAAAUGGAAAAUUGCACACAUCUAACUUGGAACAAUUUCGUGACUUAUAUGCCAAUACAAAAUAUCUCUUAACCCAACAAUAUUAUCGUGACUACAAAACCAACUAUAAAUAUAUUGUUGAUGAAGGAAAGGUGCAGCCAAAAAUAGGCACAGAUGUUCCAUUUCCCUGCGGCACAAAUAAUAGUCGUUCCUUAGAACCUCCCACUAGUGUUCACCGUUUAAGACCAGGUGAUAUUGAUAUUAUCGGAGCCUUGGGAGAUUCUAUAACUGCCGGUACAGCAAUGAUGUCGAAAACUUUACUUCAACUAUUUAUAGAAUUUCGUGGGCAAACCGUACUAGGAGGUGGUUUAAAAGAUUGGCGUACUUUUCUUACUUUACCCAAUAUCUUAAAAGUUUUCAAUCCCAAUCUAUAUGGUUAUUCUGUGGCCAAUACUUUGGGCAAAUUUCGUGAAGCUCGUUUUAAUCCUGCCGAACCAUUUGCCAUUACACAGGAUAUGCCCCAUAUGGCGGAAGUUUUAGUUAAACGUAUGCAAACCGAUCCCAAGGUUGAUAUGUUGAGACACUGGAAAAUGAUUUCCAUAUUUAUAGGAGCCAACGAUAUCUGCAAUGAUAUGUGUUCCUAUGACAAAAUAGAAGAUUUUUUUGAAAAUCAUCGCCGUGAUUUACAUCGAACCUUAACUAUACUUAAAGAAAAUAUACCACGUUUAAUAGUAAAUGUUAUAUCCAUACCGGAUAUCGACACUACCAUACGCCUUAUGAAAGGUAUUCCAGCACAAUGUGUAACUCUACAUAAGGCCAGUUGUCGUUGUGUUAUCAGUGAUUCCUUAAACUCAAAACAACUUAAGGAAAUACGUCAUAAUAUAAAACGUUUUCAAGAAAUUGAUGCAGAAGUUACUUCUCUGCCAGAAUUUCAAUUGGAAGACUUUGCUGCUGUUCCUCGUGCUCUGGCAGUAAAUAAGACUUUGAGAACACUUAAAGAUGGACGCACUGAUUUGAGAUUUUUUGCCAUUGAUUGUUUUCAUUUUAGUCAAUACGGCAAUGCUGCCUUUACGAAUAUGUUAUGGAAUGAUAUGUUGCAAGUUAAGUCAGAACCAUAUUCUACUCUUUUGAGACCAUUCGAAAUCUUUAACUGUCCCAGUGAGGAACUACCUUAUAUAUCUACUUUAGCAAAUACUUAGUUAUUAAGCGUAAAUAAAUUAUAGAAAUAAAUAUAAAAAUUAUAUGUAAAUUGAUAGUUGUUUAGAAAUAGUAAUUAUAAUUAAACUGUAUGCAAAUUAAAUCUAAUAAAACUUUUAAUUCAAUAACAAUUAACAUUUCAAUAACAAUAAUCAGACUUUAAGCUUAAUAAACAUAACGGAAACCGAACAGAACAACAAAACUAACACCGUUUUAGAUCUAAACUAAAAGAGAAAUCGAAGAAAUAAAGAACAGAACUAAAA